AUGGCCGAUACAGAUGAGGGCUUCGGCCUGGCGCGCACGCCUCUGGAGCCUGAUUCCAAAGACAGGUCCUGCGAUUCGAAAUCUGAGAGUGCUCUGGGGGCUCCCAGCAAGUCUCCAUCAUCCCCACAGGCCGCCUUCACCCAGCAGGGCAUGGAAGGAAUCAAGGUGUUUCUUCAUGAAAGAGAACUGUGGCUGAAAUUCCAUGAAGUGGGCACGGAGAUGAUCAUCACCAAGGCAGGGAGGCGGAUGUUUCCUAGUUACAAAGUGAAGGUGACUGGCCUUAAUCCCAAAACGAAAUAUAUUCUCCUCAUGGAUAUUGUUCCCGCAGACGACCACAGAUAUAAAUUUGCUGAUAACAAAUGGUCCGUAACUGGCAAAGCUGAACCUGCCAUGCCCGGUCGCCUCUAUGUGCACCCGGACUCCCCAGCAACCGGAGCCCACUGGAUGAGACAACUUGUCUCCUUCCAGAAACUCAAGCUCACCAACAACCACCUGGACCCAUUUGGACACAUUAUCCUGAACUCCAUGCACAAAUACCAGCCCCGAUUACACAUCGUGAAAGCAGACGAGAAUAAUGGGUUUGGUUCAAAGAACACUGCGUUUUGCACCCACGUCUUUCCGGAGACAGCUUUUAUCGCUGUGACUUCGUACCAGAAUCACAAGAUCACACAGCUGAAAAUUGAGAACAACCCCUUCGCCAAAGGCUUUCGGGGCAGUGAUGACCUGGAGCUACACAGGAUGUCUCGGAUGCAAAGUAAAGAGUACCCUGUGGUUCCCAGGAGCACCGUGAGGCACAAAGUUACCUCCAACCACAGCCCCUUCAGCAGCAGCGAGACCCGAGCUCUCUCCACCUCUUCCAAUUUAGGGUCCCAGUACCAGUGUGAGAAUGGUGUCUCUGGCCCCUCCCAGGACCUUCUGCCCCCACCCAACCCAUACCCACUGGCCCAGGAGCACAGCCAAAUUUACCACUGUACUAAGAGGAAAGAUGAAGAAUGUUCCAGCACCGAGCACCCCUAUAAGAAGCCAUAUAUGGAGACAUCCCCUAGCGAGGAGGACACCUUCUAUCGAUCCGGCUACCCCCAGCAGCAGGGCCUGAGUACCUCGUACAGGACAGAGUCGGCCCAGCGGCAGGCCUGCAUGUACGCCAGCUCCGCCCCACCCAGCGAGCCCGUGCCUAGCCUGGAGGACAUCAGCUGUAACACGUGGCCCAGCAUGCCCUCCUAUAGCAGCUGCACAGUCACCACAGUGCAGCCCAUGGACCGUCUCCCUUACCAGCACUUCUCUGCUCACUUCACCUCUGGGCCCCUGGUCCCUCGGCUGGCUGGCAUGGCCAACCACGGUUCUCCACAGCUCGGCGAAGGGAUGUUCCAGCACCAGACCUCAGUGGCCCAUCAGCCUGUGGUCAGGCAAUGCGGGCCUCAGACUGGCCUUCAGUCUCCAGGUGGCCUCCAGCCCCCCGAGUUUCUCUACACUCACGGCGUGCCCAGGACCCUCUCCCCCCACCAGUAUCACUCAGUACACGGCGUCGGCAUGGUGCCAGAGUGGAGCGAGAAUAGCUAA